AUCGAUUUAGUACCACGUUUUCGCGGUUCUGCUUGGCCGGCGUAACAUUGCCUUCGCCUUCUUCUUCUACUUCCGGAUGAACUCUUUUCCUCGUUUCCUGAGGUCUUGUUUCAAUCGUCUUGUGUGCUGAAUUGCCUUUUCGGUGCUGCUGCAUCCUCCCUCGUCUCUGUUGGUUUCAUUCUGUCGGCUUUGAUGUGAGGGCUUUGCGUUUUUGGUGCGAGAUCGCUUUAUCAUCAUCAUCGUCAUCGCAGUGCUUGCAUGGAUGGAUGCGUUGCAGCUGUCGUGCUUCCCUACUGUUUCUUCCUCGAGGGAGCCUUUCGCGUGUCCCUUGUGUUCCAUUCAUGCGCUAAUUGGGAGUCAUGCCGCGGGCUGUGGCGGUGUUCUGUAGAGCAUUGUGUUCUUUUCUGGCAUUUUACAAGUGUCUUGUGUAGCCGUGGAGGUGGCAGGGUUGCUAUGGUUUGCUUUAAUUUGUGGCAGCUCGAGAGGAAGUGACCUUGAAUUGUGGCAGCGGUUUUGCCUUGGCUUCAGAAUUACUUGGUGUUCGCUGUGAGAAGAGUCGAUGGAGCAAAAGAAAUAGUGGAGAAACUGCAAAUUCCCGACGUCGUCGCAAGUUGCUAGAACUCACCUUUUGAUCCUUUUCCAAGUGUCCAAAUUCCCGCAUCCUCCUUUUUAUUUACUCCAACGGGAAGGUUCAUUCCUGCAUUUGAAUGGAUUACAGUAGCUUCUACUAGUUGGUGCACUCGAGUUCUAUUCUCUUGUAUUACUUCGCAGCAAAAUUUGACAAUGCUGCUGCUAUUUAGAUCAAGGCUUGCCGAGUGAUAGUGAUAACCUCCAGAUUCAAGUUAUUUUCUAGUAGAUGAAGCAUUUGUAGCGUAAACAUCAUUGAUUGAGUUUCUGGAAGUAUCGAAUCAGGCGACUGUAGGAUUUUCCUCUUCUCUUCCCUCUCGGUGAGAUUCUGCUUUUGUAGGAUUUACAUUACGGCUUGCUAUUUCACUUCAGUCGUAUCCAAGGAAGAUUAUCUUCGCAGUCGUUCUUACAUGUGAGAUUAAAAGCUCUUGGAUCUCACGUCAAACCUAACUUGUAGCGAGAAAUUCACGCACCUGGCUGCCUGUAUCGAGGUUUAGCUUGAACAGCAGCAGGAGCAGGGAUGGGAGUCCCAGCUUUUUAUCGUUGGUUGGCGGACAAGUAUCCCCUGAUUGUGGUAGAUGUCAUUGAAGAUGAGCAGCAUGUUAUCGAGGGCGUGAAGGUUCCAAUUGACACAACUCAACCUAAUCCAAAUGGGCUGGAGUACGAUAAUCUGUAUCUUGAUAUGAAUGGCAUCAUUCACCCCUGUUUCCACCCAGAAGAUAGGGCUGCACCAAGCACGUUUGAUGAAGUAUUUCAGGUCAUAUUUGAGUACAUUGACCGUCUAUUCGCUAUGGUCAGGCCCAGAAAGCUCUUAUACAUGGCUAUAGAUGGUGUGGCACCACGGGCCAAAAUGAAUCAACAACGGUCACGGCGGUUCAGGGCUGCUAAAGACGCUGCUGAUGCGAGAGCAGAAGAAGAGAGGUUACGAAGGGAGUUUGAAGCUGAAGGACGGAUUAUUUCUGCGAAGGAGAAAUCUGCUCCUUUCGAUUCUAAUGUGAUUACACCUGGAACACCAUUUAUGGCAAGUCUUGCUACUGCCUUGCAUUACUACAUCCACUUGCGCCUUAACAACGACCCAGGUUGGCGUAAUCUCAAGGUAAUUCUGUCAGAUUCAAAUGUUCCUGGGGAAGGUGAACACAAAAUCAUGUCUUACAUACGACUCCAGAGAAAUCUACCCGGUUUUGAUCCAAAUACUAGACAUUGCCUUUAUGGUUUGGAUGCAGAUUUGAUCAUGCUUGCUUUGGCCACUCAUGAGCCCCAUUUUUCAAUCUUAAGAGAGGUUGUGUUUGCCCCAAAUCAUGCAGAAAAGUGUUUUCUGUGCGGACAGACAGGCCAUUUAGCCGCCGAAUGUGAAGGAAAACCUAAGAGAAAAAGAGGGGAGCACGAUGAGAAGGGUGGUGAACUGGAUACUGGACCUCGAAAACCUUUUCAGCUUCUACACAUAUGGCUAUUGCGAGAAUACCUGGAAUUUGAUCUAAAGAUAUAUGAUUCACCCUUUGAAGUCGACUUUGAGCGGCUCAUUGACGAUUUUAUAUUUAUGUGUUUCUUCGUUGGCAACGAUUUCCUCCCGCACAUGCCCACUUUAGAAAUACGAGAGGGGGCUAUCAACCUGCUCAUGGCCAUGUACAAGAAGGUUUUCAGGCAGAUGGGAGGCUAUCUGACUGACAAUGGCGAGGUGAAUUUACAUCGGGUUGAACUGUUCAUCCAAACCAUUGGAGCUCAAGAGGACUCCAUCUUCAUGAAAAGAGCACGCAUAAUUCAGAGGCAAGCGGAACGUCGAAAGCGUGAUCAGCAAUAUAAAGACAGGCAUAAACCAAGAGGGGAUGAUGCAGAGCCUAAUGUUGAUCCUAGUGUACUUUUCCCUGAACAAGAUGAGGAGGAUAACUUGGAUGAGCUGAAGAUGAGACUGAAAAACGCAAUGCGAGAUAAGGCAGAUGUUACCAAUGGAGGCGGGGAGAUUGAAGACACUGUUCGCUUAGGUGAACCCGGCUGGAAGGAGAGGUAUUACGAGGAUAAGUUUUCGGCGAACUCUCCAGAUGAGAUAGAGAGGAUCCAACAAGAUGUGGUUCUCAAAUACACAGAGGGGUUGUGCUGGGUUAUGCGCUACUAUUUCCAAGGUGUUUGUUCGUGGAAUUGGUACUAUCCCUAUCAUUAUGCUCCUUUUGCAUCGGAUCUGAAGGAUUUGGACCAACUGGAAAUUACUUUCUUCAUCGGAAAGCCUUUCAAACCGUUCGACCAGCUAAUGGGGGUGCUGCCAGCCGCAAGUGCGGAGGCUUUGCCAAUACAUUAUAGGCCGCUGAUGACAGAUUUGAACUCCCCGAUUGUUGAUUUUUAUCCAAGAGAUUUUGAAGUUGACAUGAACGGUAAACGAUUUUCUUGGCAGGGAAUAGCGAAACUGCCUUUUAUUGAGGAGGACCGUUUGCUCUCAGCAAUCGAGUUAGUAGAACAUACACUGACGCCAGCAGAGCAACGUCGGAAUAGCAUACUAUCAGAUUUGUUGUUUAUUUCGCUAAGUCACCCUCUUGCUACUCUUGUAAAAUCAUUUUAUGAACGCUACGCACAUCUUCAACCUCCUCACCGGUUUGAAGUCACUGAAGGAAUCGAUCCUGUAGCCAGUGGCGGAAUGAACGGAUAUCUUCAUUUGUGUGAAGAAGAGUGUUGUCCAUCUGUAAUCAGAUCACCUGUGAAGGACAUGCUGCAUAUCACCAAUAAUGAAGCAUUGACCGUUGUAUUCAGAAGUCCUCUCCCACAUAGACACAUCGCUAAACCUCCAAUAGGUGUUGUUUUCCCCAAAAAGACCAUUACGGAACAGGAUGUAAAGCUACAGCCCUUGUGGCAUGAAGAUCAUGGGCAAAGGCAAACUGUUCAAGAAAGGCCACCGGUUCAAGGAGCUCUCGGUGGAUUGGAGUUAGGUGCUGCAGCUCAUCGUCUUAUAGUAAACAGUCUUGGAAAUCGCUCCAAUACUACUGGUGGAGCUAUGCAGAUGAUGCAACGGCAGCAAGUUUACGAUAAGAGAGGGAACUCCCUAAAUCCCUCAACAAGUAAUCAGUACAGGCCGGCAGGUCCCCCUAGACCUGCUGGGCCCCCAGGACAAGAACAGGGCCCUUUUAAUUCAGCUGCUGCAGGAGCAAAAUCUCAUCAAGGUUUUGGUUACGGUCCAAGGGGGCAAGGUAAUUUUAAUGGAGCCGGAUACUCAGUUAGUGAUAGGCAACGUCAACAUGUGCUCAGGCAGGUCUCCCAACCACACAAUCCACAUCAAGUUGGACCCAGAGCUCCUCCUGUUCAUGGAAGAGCUGGUUUUAUGGGUAGGGGGGGGAAUCCUCAUUUCGGAGGUAACGCUGCCCAGGCCCCUGGUCCUUCGAAUGGACCCAUGCCUGGUCGAGGUGUAACUAUCAUGCAGCGGCAGACUACGACUCAUACAAUAGUGACCGUAGGCUCUUCGCAGAAUGGGUUCUCAGCCCUUGAUGGUCGUAGCGGAGCCGGAGGACCAGGGCGUGGACGAGAACAAAGUCGCUACUAGGUCGCAUAAUUUUCAAGCAGCAGUUUCGUACUCACAAGGCUGCUGUCGAAAAUGAAACCUUAGUUUUCCUUGAAACCAAGAUACAUCAGGAAAAAUAGACAAAUUCAAUCUUGAGUGUUGCAGAAGGGAUGUUUUCAAGCAUGUGUCUCAGGUCAUGUAUCCCAAGUGGAUAGAAAUUUAGUCUCCUCGACAAUGAGCCCUUUGUUUGAAAACACUCCCGGUCAAUGUGCCCAUUUGACUGGCUAGAUUUUUCUAUUGGUUUGAACUAAAAGCUUCUCCCCCCUCAUGAU